GAUAUGUUCUUGAAUAAUAAUAUAAAUUCUUCCAGAUGCGGCUGUCACUGCUUUUGCCGAUUGCAGUGCUUGUUGUGUACCUGAGCUACUCGGAAGGGUGGAGAAAACCAUGGCGAAGGCCAAGAAUACCAUGGCGAAGGCCAAGAAUACCAUGGCGGAGGCCAAGAAUACCAUGGCGAGUACGGACUGUCGGUCGUGAUGUCCCAGAUGAGAGUGUUCACAGUGAUCAGAACGAAAUGAGGGACACCAUGGAUGAGAGGCAGGCAACCGUUGACAGAGUUGUUGAAGCCCUCCAGACUCUGGCCGAAAGACAUCUGUCUGACGGAGAACAAGACUAGCUGUAACCUGAUGGCGGAAACCAAGACGUUCUCCAUCAUCUGAUGUACAGCUGACAGAAACAUAAACGAUGAAAAAACAAA